UUCUUCCGCGCAAAGACGAAGCGAACGAACGAUGCGUCGCCACCACCACUCUUCGCCUCUCCCGCUCCCACUCGGAUUCCGCAGCUCCCUCCCUCCUCCCCGCCGACCCAACGACAACGGCGAUGCCGUCCCCCACAUGCUACCUCCUCCUAAACCCUUCCAGAGCCCACCGCCGCCUCCUGCCGUCCCCCCGCCCCCCCGCCGCCGCCCGCUGCGGCCGGCUCCGCGUCUCCUGCGACGUGCCGCGGCAAGGGGGUGACGGCGGCGGGGCGAAGCGUGGGGUCAUCCCCUCCGGAGACGGCAAGGGGAAGAAGCGGGUCGUGUUCUUCGACGCCGCGCCGCCAUUGGCGCAGCAGAGCGGCGGCGAGGAGGGGAAGGUGAAGAAGGCGGAGCCGAAGCAGGAUGGCGCGGCGCUGCGGCUGCUGCGGCGGGCGACCAAGCGGACGCUGUCGGUCCUCUCCAACCUCCCGCUCGCCAUCACCGAGAUGUUCGCCAUUGCCGGCCUCAUGGCCUUGGGCACGGUGAUUGACCAAGGAGAGGCGCCGAGCUACUACUUGGAGAAGUUCCCCGAGGACAACCCGGUGUUGGGCUUCAUCACGUGGAGGUGGAUCCUCACCCCCGGCUUCGACCACAUGUUCUCAUCGCCGGUCUUCCUCGGCCUCCUCGCGCUACUCGCGGCCUCUCUGAUGGCCUGCACCUACACCACCCAAUUGCCCAUGGUGAAGGUCGCGAAGAGAUGGUCGUUUAUGAGUUCAGGAGGAAGCAUUAGGAAGCAAGACUUUUCUGACUCGCUUCCCCGCGCAUCCAUUCAGGAUUUGGGGGUCAUCUUAAUGGGCGCCGGAUAUGAGGUCUUCACUAAGGGGCCAUCUCUGUAUGCUUUCAAGGGGUUGGCUGGCCGGUAUGCGCCUAUUGGCGUGCACUUAGCGAUGAUUCUUGUCAUGGCAGGCGCCACACUUACUGCGACCGGAAGCUUUAAAGGCUCAGUGGAUGUUCCCCAAGGACUGAAUUUCGUCAUCGGAGAUAUCAUGAAACCAAAAGGCUUUCUCUCGGUCGCGCCGGAUGUUUUCAACACAGAAGUCCACGUUAAUCGGUUCUACAUGGAGUACUAUGACAGUGGAGAGGUUUCGCAAUUUUAUAGCGACCUUUCACUUUUCGACCUUGACGGCAAAGAAGUAAUGAGGAGGACGAUCAAAGUGAAUGAUCCCCUGAGGUAUGGUGGGAUCACAAUAUACCAAACAGACUGGGGAUUUUCAGCACUACAAGUGAAGAAAAACGGCGAAGGCCCUUUCAAUUUGGCCAUGGCCCCCUUGAAACUGAAUGGUGAUAAAAAGCUUUAUGGAACAUUCUUGCCACUUGAAGACUCUGAUUCUUCUUCAAGUGUGAAGGGAAUAUCAAUGCUUGCUCGAGAUCUGCAGUCUAUUGUGUUGUAUGAUCAAGAUGGUAAGUUUGUAGGGGUUCGUCGGCCAAGUUCAAAAUUGCCCAUUGAAAUCAACGGCAAUGAAAUACUAAUUGAAGACGCUAUUGGCAGUACAGGUCUCGAUCUUAAGACCGAUCCUGGAAUUCCUGUUGUUUAUGCUGGAUUUGGCGCACUCAUGUUGACAACCUGCAUUAGCUAUCUUUCACAUGCUCAGUUAUGGGCAUUGCAAGACGGAACUACAGUAGUCAUCGGAGGGAAGUCAAAUCGAGCAAAGAUUGAAUUUUCUGAUGAGAUGAACCGGUUACUCAAUAAAGUACCAGAGUUGAUCAGUGUUAAUGAGAAAACAGUAGAUAAUAAAUCAAGUGCUACAUGAGGGAUUCUCUUUAUUUGGUUGGGACCGUUCAAACACACUGAGACAUUUUUGUGGGUUGAGGUUGGAAUUCAGAAACAAGACGCAGAGAACCAAAAAUCAUACUGUACUAUCUUCUUGCUGAAGACUGAAGAUAGGUCAUGCUGCAAUUUAAGUUCUUAUUCAACAUCAAGGCGAAAUUGGCGUAAAGAUGAAAUAACGUUCAUUCUAAUGGAUCUAUGGUGUUCUUGCAUCAAGACAGAGCUGAUUCUGUCCUGUGUUACUACAGAACAAAGUGAUAAAAUUAUACCCUGAAGAUGAACAAUUGGUUCUGUUACUGAAUUUUUGGGUAACAUGUUGCAACUUGUAGGUGUAGCCAUACAAACUCAUUGAAAAAUGACACUAGAUACUUUGAUUGUUAUAAACAACUUCCGUUCCUAUCA